GACCUCGUAGAGCCGUCCACCGCGCGCGCGCCAACGCCACCGAUGAGCUCGCGGCACGUGCCCAUCGCGGCGCACCGCGAGACGCUGCUCUGGGCGCUCGAGAACCGGAGCGCGCUCGUCGUCGUCGGCGAGACGGGCUGCGGCAAGAGCACGCAGCUGCCCAAGUACCUGAUCGAGGCGGGCUGGGCGGCGCCGCCGCGGUGCGUCGUGAGCACGCAGCCGCGGGCGCUCGCGGCCCUCGAGCUCGCGACGCGCGUCGCGGGCGAGCUCGGCUGCGACGGCGUGGGAGGGCCCGUCGGCUACGCGGCGCGGUUCGAGGAGCGGUGGUGCCCGGAGCGGACGCGGCUCAAGUUCACGACGGACGGCUGGCUGUUGCGGGAGGCGCUCUUCGACCCGCUCUUCGCGCACUACAGCGUCGUCGUCGUCGACGAGGCGCACGAGCGGAGCUUGGCGACGGACCUGCUCCUCGGCCUGCUGAAGAAGGCGAUGCGCGCGCGCGCGGCGCGGGGCGACGCGCUGCGCGUCGUCGUCAUGUCGGCGACGGCGGACGCCGACGCCUUCGAGCGCUUCUUCGGCGUUGAUGAUACCGCCGUCGCCGUCGUCGACGGCCGCCAGUACGCCGUCGACGUCCUCUUCGCCGAGGCGCCCCGGGGCGCCGACUACGUCGCCGCGGCGGCCGAGGCCGUCGAGCGCGCCCACGCCUCCGAGCGGCGCCUCGAGGCGGCGAUCCUGGUAUUUUUGCCGGGCGCGCGCGAGGUCGAGGAGUGCUGCCGGCUCUUGCGCGCGGCGCUCCGGGACCCGGACCGGCCCGCGGACGUCUGCGCGCUCCACGCGGCGUCGCCGGGCGACCACAAGAAGCGCGCGCUGGCGCGGGGCACGGGGAAAUACCGCAAGGUCGUCGUCGCGACGAACGUCGCGGAGACGUCGCUGACGAUCCCGGACGUCGCCGUCGUCAUCGACCCGGGCCUCUGCCGCCUGCCGGUCUUCGACGAGGCCGCGGGCGCCGAGGUGCUGGCGACCACGGUCUGCUCGCGGGCGUCGGCGGUGCAGCGCGCGGGCCGCGCGGGGCGCACGGGGCCCGGCAAGUGCUACCGGCUCUACACCGAGGCGGCGUUCGCGAGCGACCUCUUUCCGGAGAGGACGCCGCCGGCGUCGAGCCGGAGCGAGCUGAGCUGGGCUUUACUGCAGCUCAAGGCGCUCGGCGUCGACAACGUGCUGGAAUUCGACCUGCUGAGCCCCCUGCCGGAGACCUUGUUGCUGCUGGCGCUCGAGGAGCUCUUGGCCCUGGGCGCGCUCGACGCGGAGGCGCGGCUGACGGCGCCCCUCGGCGAGCGGCUCGCGCUCGCGCCGGCGGAGCCGCGCCUCGCGCGGGUCCUUUUAGCAUCCCUCGACGAAGGGUGCGCGUCCGAGGUCCUCGACUACGCCGCGGUGCUCGCGCCGGGCCGGCCGCUCCGGUCGCUGCCGACGCCGCGGUCCCAGGCGCAGCGCGACGCGCANAACGAGAAGACGCGCGCCUUCCGCGACGACCUCGUGUCCCUCGACGGCGACCACGCGACCUACGGCGCGUGCCUGCGGCGGUUCCUCGAGCUGCGGGACGCGCGCGCAGACCCGCUGCCCUUNUGCGCCGCGCGCGGCCUCGACCUAUCGGCGCUCCGCGGCGCCGCGCGCGUGCGGCCCAAGCUGGAGAAGUGGCUCGCGGCCUUCGCCACGAGCGACGGCACGGCCCUGGCGUCCUGCGGCGACGACCCGGACCCGCCGCGGCGCGCGCUCGUCGCGGGCUUCUUCGCGCGCGCGGCCCGCUUCGCGCCGGACGCGACGUACCGCACGCUCCGCGCGGACCGCGAGGUCGCCCUCCACCCCCAGUCGAUCCACGCCGAGUUCGGCACGCCGCCGGACUACGUCUGCUUCUGCGACUUCGCCCUCGACGACGACGGCGCGACCGUCGCGCGGCACGCGUCCCGCGUCGACCCCAAGUGGCUCCUCGCGGCCGGCGAGUCGUAUUACCACCUGCGGAAGUAAGUUACCCGAUGUCCGCGGCGCGGUACCCCGCCGGGAACGGGUCCGG